CUUUUUUUUUCUUUUUCAAUUAUCCGUCUUACUUUCUUUUUCUUCCCUUCUUUCUCUUUUUCUUUUCACUGUUUAAUUUCUUUCUACUUUAGACACUCUUUUGAGUUACAUCAACAAAUUAACAAAUCAAAUUUCGAUAUUUCGCUUGAUCGACAUUUUAUAUAAACAAUAGAAAAUAAGAGAAAACUCAAUUAAGCACCCUUUCCAGUCUUUUUAUACACACAAUAACUAUGCGUACUACUAUCCUUUGUCUCGCAGCUCUCGCUCAACUCGCCCUUAACGCUGUUUCGGCUGACCCUAUCACUAUUCCUCUCUACAAACGUACAGACAGUGGUGACAUUUAUAAGGCUGCCGGUAAAGAACUCAGCAAUGGUGUGCUUGCUGGUAAAGUCAAGAUCGGUACUCCUGCCCAAGAAUUCGUUUUUGCUUUUGAUACCACGACUGGUUAUUCGUGGGUUCGUGGUUCUAGAUGUAAAACCGAAAACUGUCGCGGACGUUGUACCUAUUAUGCUCGCAAGUCCUCUACUGCUGUUUCUGUAGGCAAGAAGUUCUCUGUUGAAUACGGUGAUUCUUGUGUUGAUACUCAUGUCUACACUGAUAAAUUUGAAUUCGCUGGCCUUACUGUUGAAGAUAUGCCUUUUGGUGGUGCCUACCGCAUGUCUGGUUUCGGUACUGGCUUUGAUGGUUAUCUUGGUCUCGGUCGCUCUGUCGACUUUAACAACACCAAGAUCUCUUCCACAGCUGCCAGCAGUUUAGCCAAGCGUGAUACAACCCUUUCUGAUUCUGCCUUUGUUACAAAUGCUUUCCAAUCUGGUUCUGGUAUUUCCAGUGCUCAAUUUGGUAUGUACACCACCAGCAGCAGCUCUGGUUUUGAUCAAUCUGGUUCUGUCACUACCACCACCUCUGCUGUCACCAACGUUACUACUUCCGCUACCACAGCUACCACAGCUACCACUGUCACUUCUGGUGGUACUGGUUUGCUUAAGCGUUCCAGCUCUGGAGACGAAGAACAAGCUGCCGGUUACCUCGUCAUUGGUGGUGUUGAUACCUCUGUUAUCAAGGGUGAUGUCAACUACCUCCGCUUAGCUGAUACUGAAGAUGGUUCUGCCAAGAACUGGGAUGUCUGUAUUCGUCAUGCUGGCUUUGGAGACUUGCGUUUGGAACAAGAAGAAAAAGCUAUUGCUUCUAUCUCUACUUCUACAAGCUACAUCUCCAUGCCUCCUGAUCAAGCUGAUAAGUUCCAUGCCAAGUUUGGUGGUAAAUACCAAAGCUCUACCAAGAACUACUUGAUCAAGUGUUCUGACGCCAAGAAAUUGCCUACUCUCAAGAUGACUCUCGAAGACCAUAUCGUUGAAUUGCCUCCUAAAUACUGGAUUGCCACUGUGGAUGCUGAUCGUGAUUGUUGUGAAACCAAGAUUACCCGUGGUAGCUCUGACCGUGAUUGGGUCCUUGGUACCAGUUUGACCAAUGCUUUCUACACCUCUUUUGAUUCUGAGAAUGAAAAGGUCGGUUUGGCCAUCAAGAAGGGUCAAGAAGAUGAUGGUCUUAGAGUCUACAAAAAGUCUCAUUAAAGUGUAAGACAAGUUAUAUAGUGUAGUUCUUUUUCUUUUUUUUUAUAUAUUUCUUCUUAUUUACAACAAUGUCUCUAUUCAUAAAAUAAGAUUAUAAUUUGACAUUCUUCAA